AUGGAGCCUCAAUAUGAGUACUUGGCUAUAUUGAUUGCUGUAGAAAUGUUUGUAAAUCAUGGAUAUCCUCGGGGGCAUAACAACUUAAGAAGAGACAUAGGAUUUCAUGAUGUUAAAAGAGCGUCAUCAGUUUCUAAAUUAUACACUUCGUAUGGUGUCUUAGUAACUAAUCAAGAUUAUUUAGAACAUGCAAGAAUCAUUGCUAGAGAAAUGAAUAUUAUUUUUACAUAUCCUAGUAAUAUAGUAAAUAAACUUGAUAAACAUGUAAAUAGGAUAAACGAAAUGAGAAAUUAUUUUACAUUGAAAGAUACAUUGGCGAUUUAUUAUCAAUCUUAA